AUGACUUCCCCGUCGAGGAAGCAUGCCAGGUCGUCGACAGGAAGUACGCAGAGGAGCACUAGAGAUGGGUCCGGCGACCAUGGGGCAGAGCGGUUCUACAACGUCGACGACGAAUUCAUCAGUCUCGGCGUCGGUGAGGUGUUCGAACUGGAUCCUCGUCCAACCUUCGCCUUGAGUUCAGAAUUCGACCUUGAUUAUGCAUUUAGCCCGGUCUUCUUGAACGUCAGUUUGCGCUCUGACCGACAGCUCAUGAACGUUAUUCCAUUCAGACCUAAAUCGUACGCUUCUCUAUCUCCGUCCAAAAGUCCGCCCUCGGACUUCCAAAGAUGGGUAAAGAAUGUUGCAACGACGGACGGCACCACGCCCUCCUUCCUGCAUGCCGGGAUUCUCUGGACUUCUUUCCGUGUCAAGAGGUGGAUUGUCAUCAGUGGCUGCCAUGUCACAGGACAUGUCAACGAUUCUGCUCUUGAUCGAAGUCCCCCAAGCUCAGCAUCACAGAGCGAAACAAUUAAUAACCCAUCUGCCCGACGGAUGGAGAUUUAUAGAAGAGAGGAUAUUCCAAAGCCAAGGAGGGUUUUGAGUUCUGAUAGUGAUAAUGCUGCCUCUUUACUUGAUCACAAGACAUCUACGUUGGAACCUUCCUUCAUUACACCUGGAACUCCAGAUUGGACUCUUCCUCAUCCCGUAGGAGAACUGAGCCCCCAUGUUAUUUUUGCGAGGAGUAUCGACUGGGGUGCAACACCACUAGGAGACAUGAAGUCAUGGUCUCGAGAAUUCCGUCAGAUCGCCUGCUUGCUCAUGGCACAUCCAUUCCCCCUGGCAUUGUUCUGGGGAGCCGAGCUUACAGUCGUCUACAAUCAAGCAUAUGCUCAGACUGUGGCUGGAUUGAAACAUCCUCAAUUAAUGGGCACAGGUUUUAGAGGACCAUUCAAAGAACUAUGGGAUAGCGUUAGUGCUAUAUUUGAUGAGUGCAGACAGACAGGAAAAUCUGUAGCGGUUUACAACCAGAUGCUCCCCAUAGAACGGCAGGGGUUUGUCGAGGAGACUUUCUAUACGUGGAGUUUGACACCCCUCUACGGAGGCACAGAUCAGAUGCUCGGGCUAUACAACUCUCCAUUCGAAACUACCCGCCAAACACGAGGCACUCGAGCGAUGAAGACGCUGCUGAAAUUGGCCCAAGAAACGGCAAUGGCACAGUCCGUUUCCGCAUUCUGGCCAAAGAUACUUUCGGCACUAAGCGAGAACGAGUUCGACUUCCCGUUUGCUAUUCUCUACUCUGUGGCAGAGGAUGAGGAGGACAUAAGUAAGGAUGGAAGCGUGUCUCAAUCAUCAGAAAACUCGCAGACGUUCAAGAGUUGUGCUUUGGAGGGUACGAUUGGUAUUCCUGCUGGACACCCUUCUACCCCUCAAAGAUUGGAUCUCAAAAGAUCAUACGGAGGCUUUGUCCCUGCAUUUCGGGACUCGAUACAGACUCGAGAACCAACUCUACUCACCAUCAAAGACGGGACACUGUCUGAGUCUAUGAUGGAGAACUUCGAGCUCCGUGGAUUCGGCGAACCCUGCAGAGAAGCACUUGUCUGUCCGAUCCGUCCAACCACUGGCGAAAACGUGCUUGGAUUCUUGGUCGUGGGAGUUAAUCCUCGACGACCAUUCGAUGAUGACUACCAAAGUUUCAUUCAGCUUUUAGAUAGGCAGCUGGCGACGUCUCUUGCAUCGGUGACGCUGCUAGAGGCAGAGGUGCGAAGAGGACUUACAGCAGCCGAAGCAGCAGCCAUAGAGCGCUCUAGGCUGUCGGAAGAAUUAGCUGUGCAGAAGAGCCGUCUCCAGCGGAUUGCUGAGGUAUCUCCAGUUGGCAUGUUCUCAGUGGACUCCGCUGGCCUGCUUCUAGAAGGAAACGAUAGAUGGUUCGAGAUGACAGGCCAUUCCCGAGACAAGAUUUUCGCUAUGUCCUGGAUGGAGACUGUACAUAACGACAGUCUUGGAGUGGUCCAAGAAGGUUGGAAAACAAUGACGGAAACUGGUAUUCCUUGGUCAUCUGAAUUGCGAUUGAAAAAGCCGUGGUAUGACAAAGUCACCGGAGACCAGGUCGACAGCUGGAUCAUUGCUGCUUGUCAACCAGAGUUUUCAGACGGGAAAUUGAAAACAGUGAUGGGUAGUAUCACCGAUAUCUCCCGGAUCAAAUGGGCGGAGAAUCUUCAAUCAAGAAGGUUGCUCGAGGCGGAAGAGACGAGGAGAGCUCAGAACAAUUUCAUCGAUAUUACUUCGCAUGAGAUGAGGAACCCUUUGAGUGCUAUCUUACAAUGUGCCGAUGGAAUAUCGAGCUCGUUAACAGACAUCAUCGACGUUCCAAAUUUGACCGCAGAAACUGUUACUAGUAUCAAAGAGAGUAUCUCGAACGCUGAGACUAUUCAACUCUGUGCUCAACACCAAAAAUCAAUCGUCGAUGAUAUCCUUACUAUCUCCAAGCUUGACUCUAACUUGCUGCUCAUCACUCCUGUUCCUAUUCAGCCAGUUGAGAUAGUACGGCGGGCUCUACAGAUGUUCAUGGUUGAGUGCCACAAAGUCCACGACAUCAAGAUGAAGUUCCAUAUCAGUCCUUCAUUCGAGAGCUUGAAAGUAGAUAUGGUCAUGCUGGACUCAUCGAGAUUACUGCAGGUCUUGAUCAACCUGAUGACGAAUGCUAUCAAGUUCACCAAGUCGUCACCAAAGAGGUCGAUUGACGUCUCGAUUGGAGCAUACCUGGAGCCACCUGAGGAGCAUGACUCGAGUUUUCAAUACUUCCCAACCAAGAAGGCCAAAUCAGACGUCACUACGUCCAGUGAUUGGGGUGAUGGCGACAUUCUGUACUUGCGUUUCGAGGUGCGGGAUAGUGGUUGUGGCCUAACAGCAGAGGAAAAGAAGAAACUCUUCAACCGAUUUUCUCAGGCCUCACCACGCACUCAUGUGCAGUACGGAGGAAGCGGCUUAGGACUGUUUAUCUCUCGUCAACUAACCGAACUUCAAGGCGGCGAAAUCGGUGCAGCUUCAGAGGCUGGUGUCGGUUCGACAUUCGCAUUCUAUGUGAAAGCUCGACGAGCUGGAAGCCAGCAAGACCACAAAGCCAUUCAGACACGCUUAAGCUCCGAGAUUCAAUCCAAAGCCCGCCUUCCCAUCAAUGCUCCCAAGAGCGAUGAAGAGCACGAAGGCUCUAUGUCGACACUCCUCCAGCUCCGUGGCACACCACCAUUACCAAGUCCAAAUUCUAGUCCCGGUGACUGGUAUAUUCUGAUAGUAGAAGAUAAUCUCGUCAACCAACGUAUCCUCGCACAGCAGAUUGGCAAAUUAGGGUGUACCGUCCAUGUUGCCAACCAUGGCGGCGAAGCACUGGACAUCAUCAAAGAGACGAAGCACUAUCGAGGCCGAGAAUUCGAUGGAAAGCAACUCUCUGUCAUCCUCAUGGAUCUCGAGAUGCCUGUUAUGGAUGGCCUGACCUGUGUCCGCAAGAUCAGAGAGAUGGAAGCACAAGGUCUGAUACACGGACGUCUGCCCAUUAUAGCUGUCACUGCGAACGCGCGAGGCGAGCAGAUUGCUUUGGCGAGGGAUAGUGGAAUGGAUGAUGUGAUGCCGAAACCUUUCCGGAUACCGCAGAUUCGGACGAAGAUUGAGGCGUUGUUGGAGAAGACGGCAAAAUUGGGGAUUAAAAACGAUAUGACAUGA